GCCACGCGAUGGCACGCGCUUAUCCCGCGCAAACAUACGACUUUUCACGUAACAUCGCAAAAUACAGAUGAAGUUUCGACACGUUUUUACUCACGGAUACAAAAUGACUGUUUUUGUAAAUUUAUAUUGUGUUGUUUGGAUAGCUUUAACCGCCUGCAGUACGACAGGUCGAGAAAUUCCUGGUCAAAAUGUUGUAUCCGUAGCGCCUAUACAAAUCCUGGAUGAGUCAAUGUAUCCAAGAUUCGCUGAGCCAAUACCAAACGUGACGGUCACAGUGGGGAGAGAUGCCUUAUUGGCCUGUGUUGUAGAUAACUUAAGAGGAUUCAAGGUGGCGUGGGUUCGUAUGGAUACUCAGACAAUCCUGAGUAUACACCACAACAUAAUAACACAGAACCCUCGCAUCAGCCUCUCGUACAACGACCACAGAUCCUGGUACCUGCACAUCAAGAACGUGCAGGAGGUGGACCGGGGAUGGUACAUGUGCCAGGUCAACACGGACCCCAUGAGGUCCAGGAAGGGAUACCUGCAAGUUGUUGUACCACCAUCAAUCAUUGACAACAUGACGUCGACUGACAUGGUGGUAAGGGAGGGAUCGGACGUAACUCUCGUGUGUCGAGCGUCCGGCUAUCCGGAACCCUACGUGAUGUGGAGGAGGGAAGACGGACAGGAUUUUAAUUACAACGGCGAAUCAGUAAGCGUAGUCGACGGUGAAACUCUCACAGUAACAAAAGUGUCCCGUCUACACAUGGGAGCGUAUUUGUGUAUAGCCUCUAAUGGAGUCCCUCCGUCGAUCAGCAAACGGAUCAUGGUGAUGGUGCAAUUUCCGCCGAUGUUGUCAAUACCUAACCAAUUGGAAGGAGCAUAUAUUGGUCAAGACGUGACUCUGGAGUGUCAUACAGAGGCUUACCCGUCUUCCAUCAAUUACUGGACCACGGACAAAGGAGACAUGAUCAUAUCCGAAAUGGAAAUCGUAGGUGGAAAAUACGAAGCAAUACCAGUGGAUAGUGGAUACAACAAGUUCAUGAUGUUGAAGAUCAGAAACAUCACCAAAGAUGACUUCGGCUUCUACAAAUGUAUUGCAAAGAACUCGCUCGGAGAAACUGAUGGAAUUAUUAAACUUGAUGAAAUACCGGCACCACCUUCAGCGUUUACAACAACACAGAAAUCUAUUUUGGAUAAUCAAACAAUACGAAAGAAAGGUCAACCACAAAUUAUUCAAACAAGUGAUGCUGUUAGUUCGACUUUUCAAGGAGAAGCGUAUGGUGAACAAAUUAGAGAUUUUGAUUUCUAUGAAAAUUCUUCGGUUUCAACUAAACGUAAUAAAUCAUUGACCAUACUAAUAUCUCUCUGCAUCAUACCAAUAAUAGAAUAUAUCAUAUCUUCGUGAUGUUUCAAUUAAUUGUUACUUUGUGAUAAUAAUGUUCCUUUUACAUUCGUCAUGCUGAGCAGACAAUAAACAUUGUUUGAAUAUCUUCAUAACUAUUUUGUUUAUUAUACUUUUGGAUACAAAUUAAUUAUAAUUUUUUUAAGUAUUAUUUUAUUAAACUUUUAAGAUUAUCGCUUAAGUUUAUAAAUAUAAUCUGUGUAACUUUGCCAUAAUUGGAGGUAUUCCUGAAAAACGUAUCCAAUCCACAAACAUCUCAUUUUUAGGAAUUCCUGUUUAAAGUUUAAUAAAUAUUAGUGUAUUCCAUGCAUGUUGGUUGGGCUACUAAGUCACGAUGUCAUUUAAAGAGUGACAGUAGGUCUGCCAUUUUUUGUCAGUCCGGUAAUAUGAAUCACGUGACCAGUUUUGUGUUCUUAACUCAAAUUCGACAUGCUUGUGGUUUGGAACGUUUUUCUGGAAUUAAAAACGAAAAAUUAACUUAUUAGCUUCUACUAAAUUAAUUUUUAUGUUACGUAGCACCAUAUAUUUAUUUGUUAAAAUAAUACGCAAAUCAAGAUUAAUAAUAAUUGGAUAGAAUAGUUUUAGAAGUGUUUUUAUGCUUAUUGUGUUUAGUAUAAUAGCAUUGCUAAGCAAGUGUUUAAGUUUAACUGACAGAUUAUUUUGUUAACGUAAAAGUUCCCAACGCCAGGGGUUCACGGUUAAGGCGACACUAAAUGCCGGUGACCUUGAGCGAUAUGAGUUCACGGCUCCUAUGUAACAAAGCCAAUAUUUUCAAAAUUCUUGGGUCGAAAAUGUAACAUUUUAACGGGUGCAAACUGCUUAAUUGCUUACAAUCCUCAUUAUUGAUCACUAAUCUGAAUAAAUGUACCUUCAUCAAAAAGUAAAAUCUAUAAGAACAACUUUUAUGAUAGUAGUAUACUAAACAAAUGCAUGAUGCCGAGAAAAAACUUGUUUAACUGCAAAGAAAACUGGUAGUUCAUAAUAGCUCUGGAGUGCUAACUUUAACGAAAAAUAAGCAUUAGCAACCUACAAGUAAGACUUAAGGGUAUGUGUAACAGGAUAAAGUAGUGUUCAUAGCUCAAAAUCUUAUAUUUUCACCACAAAACUUGUCUAAAAACACCUUGUGUUAAAUGUUUUCUGUUUACCGUUCGCCUUAAUAUAAAAUGUUAUUAGAAAAAUGCUUUCAACUGCGAAUGAUAUGUGUGAAUGUUAGUUCAUUAAGAUGUACAGUCAGUCAAUUAAUUUGACCUUAUUGCAACGUCUAUGGUUAAUACUGUAAAUAGCUUUAAAUUAUUUUAGGGAUUAUUAUGUUUGUUAGAAUUAUUAGUUUAUUUACGAUUUAAUAAUUAUAAGAUAAUGCUUAAGAAAACAAAUUUUCUACAUCGAUUUUGUAUUUUUUUGAAAAGUGCUAGAUUUUACGGUCACCUGUCAAUAUUAUAUACCUACUAUUGGAUAUGUAACCUCUUUUGUUGCUCUUCGUAUUGUCAAAUUAUUACAUGCCUAGGAAUAAUAGAAAUUAAAUUAUAAUAUUUGUUUUAAUUGAUGAAACAUACAUGUUUAAUUAUAUUAUCUGUAGUAAUGUCAAACUCUUUGCCAACAUUGCCAUAAAGUAUCAGUUCGCUAGGACAGACUCUAAGGCUAAGCGUACGCUGAGACACAGCACAGUACAGCACAGAUUUAGCAGGGCAGGGCAGGAGAGGAAGACAUAGGCCACGAGCGUAUGCUGCGAUGCAGGAAGAUACUAUUGCGAUUGUCGUUUUAAAAAUUAUUUAAAUACAAAAGGAGCAGUUUCUUAGCAACCUUGAGGCGGUUGCAAGAGGUUGCUUCUAGGUUUUUUUACAACAUACAUAAUUUGAAAUUAUUUUAAUUUCUCGGUAGUAAUUACCCAUUAUAACUCUUUUAAUGUCUGUUUUUGAAUAGUCUGGAUGAUUUGUAUCAUACAAGCAAGUUGACAACGCAAUAAUUGAAUUUAAAGAUCUGUAAUUCAACAAAAUUAAAAUUAGCGGUAAAAACAAGCACGCAUCGCGCAGAAAUCUGUGCCGGCGGUACAACGAGACGCAGAGCAGGAUAAAAUGCAUGUCUGCGCCGUGCGUGUUUGCACCGCAGGCUACGAAGCUUUUCAUACGUACAUAUGUUACAAAAUCUGCUCUGCCCUCCGCUGCGUGGACCUACGUUGUCUGCGUCACCGCGUACGCUUAGCCUUAUUGUCGGUCACUUACCGAUAAACAGUAGAACUAAACCCCCAUAUCAGAAGGCGUCACAAUACGUGAUUCACGAUUAUCUGUAUUUUGUCUCUUUCAUGCAAGGCUAUACAGUGACAAAACACACUUGAUCAUGGAAAGCGUACAGUAUACUAUACGUGCAGUGUUCGCUCAAAAGAGUACGGUCACCACACCUAUAAUUUCUAACGCAAAACUACUACAAAAUUGUAAGUACCGGCUAUAAGCCUUAUUAUUUCGUUAUGGAUACCAGUGUUUUUACAGGUACUCAUUUCAUAUUAAGGUUAAGGUUGAAGGGCGCAGAAGUAUGCGAUCAGUCUACUGUCGUAUUGUGAUGCGAUAUCAAUUAGUAUUAUUUUCAUUGGAAAGUGGAAAGUGUGAGAGUGAUAUUGAAAGUAGAGUGAACGCAGGAAACAUGGUGAAUGGAGCUUUGAACUCCUUUAUGAACAGUCGGAAGGUGUCUAACAAGGCUCGUUUGGCUGUACAUGAGGGUGUGUUGGUUCCGACACUCAUGUACAGAAGUGAAAGGAAACGUUGUGGCCUGAAAGAUGAUGCAGUGACAAAAAUUGGGAAAGGUAUGCUGAGAUGGAUUGGCCAUGUCGAGAGAAUGAAUGAAGAACGAUUGAUGAAGAAGUGUAUAAGGCGUAAGUGUGAAUGAAAGUGAUGAAAGGGGUACGAGACCAAAUCAGGGACGCCUUGAAAUAGGCUAGGUCAAGAGUACCCUAAACCGAAGAGCAUGUAUGAAGGGAAUAAUGAAAGUGGACGAAGCGAAAGAAGUAUGUAAAGAU